CCUAAUCACCCCUAGUGUGUGCACCGGCUCUAUGCAAGGUCUACCAACCGCUGAUUCCUGUAGCAUUGCAGAGUCGCAGUCAAAGAAUUUGCCAAAUGCCUAGAUGCGGAUAUCCAGGUACCAACGGGUGUGAUUGCACCGAGCGGUCUAGACGGAUUUGACGAAGUCCACACGCUCCAAAUAAGAGCAGCGUCUGUCGCAACAGAAACUAUUGGGACCUGUUCGUCUCUUUCUCGUAUGGAACAGUUGCUCGCUAUCAAAGGAAGUCACAAUGACUUUCAAGAGACUCUACAAGGUCUAUCUCGUAGUUACCAGCUUCUCCAGCGUACAUGCCGCAAGCGUCAACACUCCCAAAGUCAUCGACAGAGAUGUCAUCAUCAUCGGCGGCGGAGCAGCCGGCUCCCACGCGGCUUUUCGACUCCAACAGGAUUACAACAAGAGUGUCAUCUUGAUUGAGAAACAAUCCAUUCUCGGCGGCCACGUAGACACCUACCUCGACACCACCACCACCCCUCCCACCCCCCGCGACCACGGGGUGCAACUCUACUUCCCCUACCUCGACGGCCUCGACUUCAUCAGCCGCUUCAACCUAACCCUCCUCCCCGGCCUCGGCCCCCGCGGCUCCACCAUCACCCGCAACAUCGACUUCGCCACCGGCCUCGGGCUGCCCUCCAACUACACCGGCCCGGACCCCUCCGGCAUGACCUCGGCCAUCAUCCGCUUCCACGACCUCAUGGUCUCCAAAGGCUGGGACAAGAUGGUCGAACCGGGGUUCUGGAACCUCCCUCCCGGCCCUCAGAUCCCCGAGGACUUACUUCUACCCAUCGGCGAGUUUGCAAAGAAGUGGAAUGUGACGGAGGCGUUGCCGAGGAUGUACGAGUCCACCGGCGGCGGUGUGGCCGCUCGGCAUCGCAACUUCACCGACGUGUUGACCCUCACCUUCCUGCAGAGCUUCAGCCCGACCUGGAUGCAAGUCUUCUACGGCCAAGCACCCACGUACCACAUCGACGGCGGGAACCAGCUUCUCUACAACGCCAUCCACGCCCGUUUGGGAUCCGACAACGUCCUCACCAAUUCCAUCGUAUCUAGCGUCCGCCGACCGGAGAAAGAGGGGGACAAGAGAGACAUAGAAGUAACCAUCAAAACCACCCUCCCCAACAACAUUACUGGUAACUCACAAACCGUAAUCCGCGCAAAAAAACUCCUCCUCGCCAUCCCCCCCACCCGCGAAAACCUAGCCCCCUUCGACCUCUCCCCCCUCGAAACCGACCUCUUCCGCCGCCCCAAAUACGGCCGCUACGGCACGGCCAUCGUCACCUCCCCUGUUUUACCGAGGGGUUACGAGCUGCACAACACUCCCAUCCUUGCCGUUAGCAAUCCCAACAAGCCGUUUAUCAACGGGCCGCAUAUCCUUGAUUUUUCCAGCUAUGGCAAUGACAGUGAGCUGUUUAGUAUUGGAACUAUGAGUGGGUCCGGGUUGAGUUACGGGGAGUUUGAUCCGGAGAAGGCGGUGGCGGUGGCGCAGGAGAGUUUGGAUCGGAUGGUUGCUGCUGGGACGGUGAAGGGUGCAGCAGGUGGGAAGAAGGGAGGAGAUAAGAGUAGCAGGUUGAAGGUGCUGGAGUAUUCGGAUCAUGGACCCGGUGGGUUUGGGGUUAGUGCGGAGGAGAUGAGGGGAGGGUGGAUGGAAAAGGUUUAUGGGUUGCAGGGGAAGAGGGGGACGUGGUAUACGGGGAAUGCGAUUGCUAUUGACUUUUCGACGCAGUUGUGGAAGAUGAAUGAUGAAGUUUUGAGGAGGAUGUUGGAGAGUUGGUAGGAAAGGUUUUGGAGUGGACGGGAAGGGGUGGUGCAGUGGUCUUGUGGUGGGGUACAAAGAGUCAAAGACGCUGAAGACACGGCAGGCUUUUCGUCGUGAUUUUCGUUAUUCGUGGCUCUCAAAUAUGGAGCUCUAUAUCUGGAUAUACGCAGAAGCCGACACCUAUAACCUUAAAGCAGUUUUUUUCGAAUAUUUUCGUAUUAAGACCGCGGAGUUCCUGUGUAAUUCCUGGACAAGUGCCAAAGAGCAAUGCGGUUAUUGCACUAUCAGAUACGCCGCAAAGUAAGCAGGAUUCCAGAUAGCGUCACAUCUCAUUCGCACUUUCCUUUCUCGCUCGACCAAAGC